AUGGUCUACGAGAGAGACAAAUAAAGAAAAUAAUUUAAUAUUAACAUAGGGAUUUGGGAAUUUUACGAACGAGUUGAGUCGUUAGUGAAAAGGAGUCUGUCCUGUCCCUCUCCCUAUGUUUAUGAGAAAAACUCAGGCUCGAUUCACAUGUUGUUGGCUUGGAUCUGGUUGUUAACAAAUCUCAGGUCAGGGACUUACAGAUCACCCACCAACAUAUUUACUGAUUUCUAAAUUGAUAUUGGAUACCAGCUCUGUACCCACAAUUUCAAUCAUUAUGCAAGCUUUGUUUUAACAUGUGUUUUGCUCCUUCCUUUGUGAUUGCUAUGUUGAGAGAACCCACUUAAGCUAUAGGGUGUGAUGUUAAAUUAUCGACAUUAGCAUAUUCUGUUGCAAGUUAUGGUGUUUAGUAAACUAGGAGAAUUGAUCUCUGCUGCAUCAGGUCGUAUUUCAGCAACACAGUUUUCUACGGUUGCUUAUAUGUCUCCUGGAUUGCCACCCGAAGCCAGUUCUGCUCAUGGGUUUGGCCUUUGUAACCCUGGAAAUAGGAAUAAUUUGCGACUCUCAUCGUCGCUCCAAGAUUUUUCAGCAUAUGGUCGACUUGAUUUAGAGGAUGGUGACCCUGGUGGUGGAAUUGAUAGGUAUUCAAAACAACUUAAUCCCUUACAAAGAGAAAGUUUUAGUUCAAGUUUUUCAAAGGAGAAAACAUUGUCUGGUGGAACCCCAUUUAUGCGUAGGAAGUGGGUGCAAGUGUUCUUAAUCUUACUGAGCCUAUUGAUGUUGGCUUUUUUAGUGUAUAUGGUUUCAAUGUAUAUUUAUUCUAACUGGUAUCAGGGAGGGUCCAAAUUCUAUGUUGUGCUUGAUUGUGGAAGUACUGGAACUCGAGCUUAUGUUUAUGAGGCAUCCAUUGAUCGCAAUAAUGGGGGCACUUUCCCUAUCUUCAUGAAAUCAUUAACAGAAGGUAUUUCAAGGAAAACUGGUUCACAGAGCGGGCGUGCUUAUGAUCGAAUGGAGACUGAACCAGGUUUUGAUAAGUUGGUUCACAAUGAAUCUGGCUUGAAGGCUGCUAUAAAGCCACUUUUACAGUGGGCAGAGAAACAAAUCCCUGAGCAUGCACAUAAGACUACCUCUCUCUUCAUCCACGCAACAGCUGGGGUUCGGAGGCUUCCUACUUCUGAUUCUGAGUGGCUACUAGAGAAUGUGUGGUUAAUAGUAAAAAAAUCGCCUUUCUUGUGUCGGAGAGAGUGGAUCAAGAUUAUUAGUGGCACUGAGGAAGCGUACUAUGGAUGGACAGCCUUGAACUAUCGCACUGGAAUGUUGGGGGCCAUACCCAAAAAGGCCACAUUUGGCGCACUUGACUUGGGUGGGUCGUCAUUGCAGGUUACAUUUGAAAGUGAGAAGAAAAUGCAUAAUGAGACUAACUUAAACCUUAGGAUUGGGGCAGGAAAUUAUCAUCUUAGUGCUUACUCUCUUUCAGGCUAUGGUCUAAAUGACGCAUUUGACAAGUCUGUUGCUAAACUUGUUAAAGGGAUUCCAGACAUAAAAAGUGCCUAUUUAGGUAAUGCUAAAAUAGAAGUUAAGCACCCUUGCUUGCAUUCUGGAUAUAGGGAGCAAUACAUCUGCUCUCGUUGUGUUUCUAAUCAACAAGAAAGUGGGAGACCUGUAGUUGGAGAGAAAAUAUUGGACAAGGGAGGAAAGUCAGGAAUUUCUGUUCUAUUAACUGGUGCUCCAAACUGGGAAGAAUGCAGUGCACUUGCAAAAGUUGCUGUUAAUUUGUCUGAAUGGUCGAAUCUUAACCCAGCUAUGGAUUGUGAUUUGCAACCUUGUGCUCUUGCUGAUGGUUUGCCUCACCCAAAGGGCCAGUUCUAUGCUAUAUCUGGCUUUUUUGUUGUGUAUCGGUUCUUUAAUUUGACUUCUGAAUCUGCACUGGACGAUUUGCUGGAAAGGGGUCGGGAGUUCUGUGAAAAAUCUUGGAAACUUGCCAGAAGCAGCGUUCCUCCACAGCCCUUCAUUGAACAGUACUGUUUUAGGUCACCGUAUGUUGUUUCAUUGUUAAGAGAGGGCUUGCACAUCACUGAUAAUCAGAUCAUUGUUGGUUCUGGAAGUAUUACUUGGACACUUGGGGUUGCUCUGUUGGAAGCUGGGAAGACAUUUUCUACUAGAUUGAGAAUUCGCAAUUAUGACAUACUCCAAAUGAAGAUAAAUCCAAUUAUUCUUGUUGCUGUUUUUUCAGUGUCUCUGAUUUUGCUAUUUUGUGCAUUAUCAUGUGUCAACAAUUGGCUGCCAAGAUUUUUCCGGAAGACAUAUCUCCCAUUAUUCUGGCAUAAUAGCACAGCCACUACAUCUGUUCUUAACAUACAAUCUCCUUUCGGGUUCCAGCGUUGGAGUCCUAUGAAAUCCGGGGAUGCCAGAGUUAAGAUGCCACUGAGUCCAACAGUUGCAAGUUCCCAGCAAAGACCAUUUGGCUUGGGACAUGGUCUUGGUGGCAGCAGCAUUGAGCUCACGGAGUCUUCCUUGUACCCAUCAACUAGUCUUGUUUCACAUAGUUAUUCUUCAAAUAGCUUGGGGCAGAUGCAAUUUGACAGUAGUAGCAUGGGCUCCUUCUGGUCCCCUCACAGAAGUCAGAUGCGCCUUCAAAGUAGGAGAUCACAAUCUCGAGAAGACCUUAAUUCUUCACUGGCUGAGAUACACAUGGCAAAGGUUUAGGGCAUGUACCUGCGGAAGUUUGGUAUGGUUUUUCCUUAUCCAAAUUACAUUUUUCCAUUAUAAGAGGACUCUGAAAUAUAUUUCUAAAGUUUUGCUUUUUCCAUUCAAUUCUAGGGAUUCUUUUUGUAUCAUAAAGAGAUUCUGUUGAAAAAGUAAAUUAACACAGAUUUUGGUCCA